CUCCACCUCGUUUUCUUUACCAGUCACACACAUAGACUUUCACUCAUCAGGCUUAAUAGUGCUGUGAUUUUGACUUCUUGUUUAUUCCAUCAGCAGCUGAGGUGCCCAUGUGACUGAAGCCAGUCAUGGAGGAACUGCGCCAAAUUGAUCUGACCUACAUCACUGAACGUAUCAUCACCAUAUUCUGCCCUCCUGAGUGUCUGGAGGAGAGCUACCUGCAAAACCUGCAGGACAUUAUUCGCAUGCUGCAGUCCAAGCAUGUACACAACUACAUGCUCAUCAACCUCUCACAGAAGAAUGGCACUCUCACACAAAUGAACCACAAGGUUUUGGACACCGGUUGGGUGGAUCUCCUGGCUCCCAGCUUGGAUCAGAUCUUGAGUGUGUGCACAACCAUGGAGAACUGGCUGCAAACAAACCCGAAGCAUGUCCUGGUGUUACACUGCAGGGGAGGUAAAGGGCGGAUCGGGGUCCUGGUGGCUUCUUACAUCCACUUCAGCAACAUGUCAGCCAGUGCAGGCCUUUCUCUCGACCACUUUGCCAUGAGGAGGUUCUACAACGACAAGCUGUUUGCUCUGAUGACCCCUUCACAGAAACGGUAUGUUUGGAUGCUGGGGAGCAUGUUAAAAGGAGGUCUGAGGAUGUGUCCCUCUCCAUCUUUCCUCCUCUGUGUUGUUCUUCAUGGUCUUCCCAAAAUAAGACCAGAUGGAGGAUGUUGCCUCUUUCUGAGAGUCUACCAGAGCCUGCAGGCUGUCUGCACAUCAGCAGUUUACCACGUUACUGCAGCGCAGACGGACCGGCUCUACUUUGUGCUACAGCCGGCUCAGCUGCUCAAAGGAGACAUCAUGGUGGUGUGUUAUGAUAAGAACAGCCGCUUGUCCAGCCGCCAGGUCGUCUUCCGUCUCCAGUUUCACACCGGCCUCGUGCACGGACACACACUCACCUUCUUGAAGGCAGACCUUGACUGUGCCAGUGAAGAUCCUCGGUUCCCAGAAGAUGGAAAAGUGGAGCUGCUGCUUUCUGAAAGUCCCGAAAAGAUUACAGGCAGAGAGCUGUGGCACAACGGCACCUCUGUCACAGUGGACUAUGACACCUUGGACCCUUUAGUGAGGCGAGACUCCUUCCAGGACAUGUCUUCUCUUGAAACAGUUCCCCCCCGUGUCCUCGACCCUGGAAAUGGCAGCUUGUACGGCCGAGUGAGGAAGAAGAGCAGCGAGGAAGGAGUUUCACUGCCCUUGACCACCAGCAGUCCCAGCUGCAGCGACCGAGCUCCGUCUGCCAGCAGCGACUCUGGCCUCUCUGUGGCCUCACAGGGGAGAACCGGGGCAAGGCAGAGGAGAGGGGUUGCGCGGGACAAGAGCACCCAAGCGGGGAAGCUUCUCUCAGGGUUGGACUUUGAGAUUGCCCAGCCUCUCCUGGAGGUCAUGACUGAGCUCGCUGCGUGCGGCGGAGGGGAGGUGCAGAUGGUUGGAGAUGAGACUGGAUUGGGAACCACUAUCAACGGAGAGGCUUCGUCCAGCGAGAGGGAGACUGACAUACUGGAUGAUGAGGAUGAUGCAGCAGCUUCUGCUUUAGACGUACUGAGCUCGAGUAGCAUCGGCUCCCUGUCCUCCGAGAAUCUACCGGAGACUCAGAGAUCAGCCCAGGCCGAGUACUCCACGCACUCCUGGGUGCGGCAGCAGCAGAUAGUGGAUGUUGUCACCCAUAAUUACAUCGAGGUGGUGGCGGAGGAGAGGUCGAGCAGGGUGAGGAAAGAGAGGCCUCCGCCUCUGGUAGCUCCUGACACACCGCCUCGAGGACUCAGCAGCAGGGAGGCCGUGCAGAGAGGGACACACAACGUCACCCAAAACACAGAUAACACACACCAAGAGGAGGACUUGUCCUCGUUAACCACCGACAUUGACGAGUCCAUAGAGCAGCUGAACCAGCUCAUUCUGGAUUUGGACCCGACCUUUGUUCCCGUUCCCACCCGCUGCGCCCCCCUGUCCCGCUCCGCCUCCCUCCACACCAAUGGCAUCAGCCACCAGGCAAAUGCACACCUGUCAGGGUGGAAGCAGCAGAAGCAGGUCAGUAAUGUGACAGACUACGCCGGUCUACACAGUCCAGGAUGGAUAGGGGGGACACCUCAGACCUUCAGGGGCUCCCCAGUCCACAGUCCCCCUUUCUCACCUUCUCGGCAUGGGCAUCUCCACAAAGCCAACAGCGUGGGUUAUCAGGGACAAACGGAGAGCCCAGACCUUGUCCCACAAACUCCGGCCUUCCCUGUAACCCCUCCAACGCCCUACGUAAAACAUUUCUCAGAGUUUUCCCAGCUCAGGGCCGGAGUCCAGUGGGAGCAACACAGCUGGACACAAGAUGCCCGUAGUUUCCUGGACGGUAUGAACCACGCCGGCGGCUCCACAGAGGGAGACCUGUUCAGAUCAGACGUGUCGGUCACUCCUGCUUCCUGUCAGAGGAUCUUUGGCUCCAUGUGUUCUGUGUCAUCAGGAAGCCCCCUCCCACACACAGACAGUGCCACUCCUCCUCCAGUGUGGCAUGACCGGACUCCAAAUUCCCUGAACUCCCCGUACCCCCCCCAGCCCUCACCCCCUCUCCCUCUCAGCACUCCCAAUGCCCACAGUUCUCCCCGGGGGGCUCUGAAAAGCCUGGGUGGAGGUCUUGGGGUCCGCAGAGAGACAGACAGCGCAGACUUGUCCUCCUUGUUGUUGGGGAACGGUGGCCUGGAUCACAGCCUGCUGGAGGCCAUGGAGGGGCUCGGGACCCUGAACCUCGGGGGAGAAGGGGGCCUCGCUCCGAUCUUGCCUGAGAAGAGGAGAUGGGUUGAGGGGGGAGAAAUUGGCUCCCGCUCCCCUUCUCUAAGCGGGUUUUCCAGCCCUCACAGUGGCAGCAGUCUCAGCAUCCCUUUCUCGUCCUCCAUGACCUCCGACCCCCUGAGAGGACUCAGUGGGACCCAGUCACCCGGAUCAGACUUUGGCAGUAAGCAUGACACUGUGAAGUUUGUUCAGGACACUUCCAAGUUCUGGUACAAGCCCGACAUUUCCAGAGACCAAGCCAUCGCCGUGCUAAAGGACAAAGAGCCGGGCUCGUUCAUUGUCAGAGACAGUCACUCGUUUCGCGGGGCGUACGGGUUGGCUAUGAAGGUGGCCACACCCCCUCCGUCUGUGGUACAACAGAGUAAGAAAGUGGGAGACCUGUCCAAUGAGCUGGUGAGACAUUUCCUCAUCGAGUGCACACAGAAGGGAGUUCGUCUUAAAGGCUGCCCCAAUGAGCCUUACUUUGGAAGUCUCACUGCUCUGGUGUGUCAGCACUCCAUCACCCCUCUGGCUCUGCCCUGUAAACUCAUCCUGCCCGACAAAGACCCAGUGGAGGAGCUGAAUGAUUCAUCUGCACAAACAGCAACAAACUCGGCAGCUGAACUCCUCAAACAGGGAGCAGCGUGUAACGUGUGGUACCUGGGCUCCGUGGAGCUGGAGUCGUUGACGGGACACCAGGCGGUUCAGAAGGCUACCACGGUGACGCUCUCCAUGGACCCUCCGCCGGCCUCCACCGUCGUCCACUUCAAAGUGUCGGCACAGGGCAUCACACUCACUGACAACCAGAGGAAGUUGUUCUUCAGGAGACACUACGCCGUCAACACCGUUAUAUUCUGUUCUCUGGACCCACAGGGAAGGAAAUGGACGAGAGGCAGCGGUUCCACUGCAAAGAUCUUUGGAUUUGUCGCCAGGAAAUCUCAGAGUGACACGGAGAAUAUGUGCCACCUGUUCGCUGAGCACGACCCGGAGCAGCCGGCGAGCGCCAUCGUCAACUUCGUCUCAAAGGUCAUGAUUGGGUCACAUAAAAAGUAAUGAGAGAGAGAGAGAGAGAGACUCAAACUACAGACUGAGGCUCGACUUCAUCACAUCAUUAUGAAAAAAACAAAAGACUUCUACAACAACUUUUCCUCCCAAGAGCCAAAAAACACAUGAAGACACACACUCCAGCUCCUGGUCCUGUCGGUCCAUCCCGCACAGGGAGCAGCGUUUCGUACUGGCCGCACUGCUGGAUGCUGCCACCAGAGGGAGCCAAGACUGUCAGGUAUAAUCACCUGCAAGAUGCCAAACUCUGAACUCUGUCUUUGGAGCUGUUUAAAAAAAAAAAAAAAAAAAAAUCAGACCCUUUUUCACAGACGAUCUCCUCUGAGAAUCAGAUUUUGACACUUUUUCUGACUUUAUCUGCAAACUUACUUUCAAUGCACCACACUACCACACUGAACUCACUUGUUGCUGGAAGUCACUGUCAAAAAUAACUAAUUUCCUUCUGAUUAAACCUGAAGAAUAUCAGAUAUUCUGCACAUAAAUAUACACGUUAUAAUUCUGAAAUCUUUUUCUUCUUGGUGUAAAUGUGUAAAUCAGGUUUCAGCAUCACUUCUGUUCAAAAUCACAGCUCCAUUCUAUAUGUUCAAACAGAACCGACCCUGCUGUCACGUGACAGAGCCAACGACGCGGUCGCCUUGUACUUAAGAUGGAUUUAUUGUGUUGUGUUUAUAUUUUGCUCAAAGUAUUUAUCCCUUUUUACAGAUGUGUAAAAAAAAAACCUUCAUUUUUCCUAAAUAUACUUGUCAUAUAUUUUUGUAUAUUAACACAAACUGUACAUUAGGAUUAGAGGUAAAGUGUACCUCAGAAUUUAUGUAAUUAUGCCCCAUAUUAUUGUGGGGGACAAUAUGAUGUAGUGUUUUACAUAACAGUGAGCUAACUACAUAAUCUGCCCACGUGUACUUGUUGUAUUACUAAUAAUAUAGUUGUUAUUAUGUUCCUUCACCAGUGACUUAAAUACAGAUUUGUACAGUUAUCAUGAAGAGUCUCAUUUACUGUGAUUAAUGUCAUAAAAUUAGUACAACUUAUUUUUUCAUUCUUAAUUUCCUCUCCUGCUUUACCUUUAAUUUUUAAAAUUUGAUUUUUAAAUGAAUAUUACCACAGCAUCUCUAAGUGUGAGGCCUUGUUAAAGGAUCAGUUCACCCAAAUUACAAAAUAACAUUUCAUAUGGAACCAUGUGGACGGUUUCAGUUUUUCCCUGCACAAGAGAAAAGCAUGUUGUUACUGAUAUUAUUUCUUUGGUAGAAAGUAUAUAUGAUGAACAGAGUCAUUUUUGGACCUGUUAAGUUCUUUCUUUUUUUUAUCUGCAUGAAUUAAUUUUCACAGUGGAAGCAGCUUGACAACACAACACUGAAAUAUUAGCACUUAGCUGUCAUGGUUUGCCCUUAUAGGACUGUUUUGCUCUUGUUAUUAAAAGACCUUUUUUUCCCACCUAUACCCUUUUGUGUUGUCUGUAUUUGGGUUCAGUUAUUCCUUCAUAUGUGAUAGAAUCAGUAACUACAGGACACGGAGCGGGGCUGGACUUAAAGACACCUCUUGGGUAAAAAUCAGGGUCCUGCUUCCAAAUAGCAGCCAGUAAUCUGAGGAAAUGUGGCUCUUCACUCAAAAAAGUGUCUGUGGUCACAUCAAAGUCUUCCCAAGUAAAUGGUAAACUGAGGAAAAGUUUGUCCACUGGGUCCAUAUUGGUUAUUUCCUUCUGUCACGUGUGACGGAAUAACUGAACCCAAACGCAAACAAUGACAGACAGUGUCUUUUAUACGUUUAAUGACGUUAUACAACAGGAUUCAACAGCGAAACAGUCCUGUCAGGGCAAACCAUGACACUAACAACAAAGUAGAUAUGGCAAACAAUAGUUAUCCAGCAGAUACAGAGCAACAUCAAGGUUUAUUGUGGAGUGGUGUUUGUAUCCACAUGGUAAAUGUAAGUCCAGUAUUUACUCUCCUUUUUAGCUCCGUUUUGGUCUUCGAUGACUCCUCUGCGGCGCCCUGAUGGCUCACUCGGUUCAGUCACUCAGUCCUAUCCGCAACGGCCCGGGCUCAAGUUCCUGUCUCUCACUCACUGUCCCUGUCAUGAUAAAGGCAAAAGUGGUCCAAAAUAAGUUAAAAAAGAGAAAAAAUAUUUGCUACUAACACGUCAUUAGAUGUUCAGACUGAAACAAAGCAUCAUGGUCCCUCAAUUCCCUCAUUGGUUAACAAAGACAACUUGCUUUUUGUGUGUUUUUUAUUCAGUUCUCCUGCCGUUGAGUCACAUAAAUCUAUCCACCCACUGUACUCUGUGGACUUUGUGGACUUUAACUUUGUCUGACUGGCAUUUGGUGCUGUGCAUGUGAUGUAGACUGGGUUUAUUAGAGGUUUUUUAGCUUAAAACAGCUGCAGCUACAGCUGGAAACAGGCAGCAAAAUCAGUCCAGUCAUCCAGAAUAGAAAAAAAAGCUCUUACAUUUUAUGAUAGUAUUGAUUUUUGCAUCUUUGAAUCAAAUUUUUCAGUGCUUUGAGCAUCAUAAAUGUAAUUACUAUCUCACAGUCAGAUAUCUAAAACCGCAUGUGUAUGACAGAAGCACCGCCAGAGGUUGUUUUGUCAAUUUGGUUGAACUGACCCUUUAAAAUCAAAAGUGUAGUUUGCAGUUUUGCCAAUAGAUGCCACUAUUCAGCCACCAAAGUUCACACUUCACACAGAAUCAAAGUGCAAUCACUAAAAUCUACAGAACUUAAGAGACAUUUGACAAAUAUUCAGUUUCUUUUUAUAAUCACACCGGUUUUAUAUCAAGAAACAGUUUCAGAUGAAUGUGAGCAAGUCCACACAUGCAAGAAGAACCACCCUGCUGAAUAAACUUGGCAAUAUCAAAGUGUA